UUCCGAGCCAUUCUGGCGCUAGGGUGCUCCAGCUGAAGGCCCUGCGCUGUGUACCGUUGAGCUGCGCCACUUCUUAGUGCAAGUCAGGCGUUGAGCCAUGAGCAGCACCAGAGCGGGCUGGCUGCCGCCCGCGUCCAGCCGAAGCAUCGUGGAGAAUUAUGUUACCCGCAUGGCUUCGCAGCUCCCCGAGGACUUCGCGUUCGCGACCCUGGUGCCGUGGGGCUCGCCGCACAAGCCAGGCAGGCUUGUUGCGCCGGACGCCGCCCAUGAGGGCCACUGGGACGCCAGGGAGAUCGCGUCGCUGGUGUCUGGGUGCACCCACUUGCUGGUGCCGUGCACAUUCGAAACGCAGUACGAGAAGCGCAUGCUAAAGAACCUGUUGAGGCAGAUCGAGCCGAACAACAACUUUCGUGUGGCCCUGCUGCAGCUGCUCGAGAUCCCUGGCAACAUGAACCGGGAGUACGUGGAUAUGCUCAUGGCACGCCACGACGUGCUCCUCCCCUUGGGCGCCGACAUGGUGAUACUCGACCCCAGCGACGAUCCAGAUGGUCUGUGCGCGGAGCUCAACCUACAGUGGGCAUGGCUUGAAGCAACUGCCUUGCGUGCACAGUGCAUGGUCGAAGGUGCUGACGAGAAGGCAGAGGCUACGCUGAAGUACCACCACGAGCUGCUUUGGGAGAGCAUGCCGAAAGUUAUGAUGCGCGGGUUCCCCCCGGUCGAUCAUAGUCUUGUGGAGACGGCUACCCGUGUGGGAGAUCUCCAGCUGGUGCGCAAUUUGAACCCAAGGAACAGCAACGUGUUCCUGGCGCGUCGCAGUGCGACCGAGAAAGUCGCCCUCAAAGUCUAUGACAAGUCAAACUAUGUAACUGCCGGGGACGUGGAGAACAUUUAUCGCGAGCUGAGUUUCCUGAGGGACGUUCUCCGACACCCGCACAUCGUCCAGUGCACUUCCGUGCUCCAUAGCUUCUCGCGGGUCUACUUGGCCCUCGAAGUCGGGGGCACGAAGAAUCUGAGCCAGCACCUCAUGAACCAGCCAGGGUACCGCGCCGACUCGCAGGAAGCUGUGGACUGCACCGCGCAGAUAGCAGAAGCGCUGGCCUUCUGCCAUUCGCGUGACAUCGUGCACAGGCAAGUGUCUCUGGAUCACAUCAUGGUAGAUGACCAGUCGGAAACGCCCUUCUGCCGCUUGGUGGACUUCUUCGCGGCGACGUGCUGCAUGGGGUCGACGCCGUCUACCACGGCGUGCGGGGAGCUGCCGUGCAUCGCCCCGGAGAUGGUGCUGGAUGCGUCGUACGCCGCCAAGCCGGCGGAUUGCUGGAGCCUCGGGGUGGUGCUUCUCGAGGCCGCUGGGGGCCUGGGCUCGAUGAGGCUGGCGGUCGGAUGGCUGGAGGACACGGAGCUGGAGCCCGCCGCCGCCAGGGUCCGGAGGUUCUUCUCCAGCGAGGGCAGCUGCGCCCGUGCGCUGGCGGCCAUGGGCGGCGUGCGCAGCCCUGCGGUGCUGGCCAGGCUCUCUGGGCUCCUCGAGCCGGAGCCCACGGCGCGUGCCAGCGCGGGCGCCAUCUGCGGCUCUUCUGAGGCCCCCUGAGGCUCCCUCGGGCCAUCGCGAGGCCCUUCGGGAGCCUUCCUGCGCCCCUGUCGGCAUUUGCUUGGGCCAUCUUGGCCCCUCCUGGAAUCGAAGGGGGGGCCGCGGGGCCGCUCCUGGGGGACCUUCUUUGGCCCUCCCAGACAUCCGCCGAUACGGCCCAGGACGCGCCAAGACCGCUCAGUAACUCCAAGAGUUCCGUGCGUAGUUGCUCGGAAGAGCAGCACCUCAGCAGGGGCCGUGGUGGGACUGCAGCCGCGGGGCUGACGGCACCCGUCAACCUUUCGCGUUUAGGUGCGUGGGCCCGUGUGUGCUGCUGCCGUGCUGCUCCCUGGCUUGGUGGCAACUGUGAAGCCGCUGGGCGACAUUCGGCUCUCCCGAAGGCGGCCCCUAGGCGGCCCGCAAGAAGGCGGCCUUCGGCGACCCUGCGUGCGGCUCUCAUCGGCCUCAGGGCGGCCCUGAGGCGGCCUUUGUACUGCUAGGAAGCCAGUCCCGCUGCCGCGAUGUUCCUCCUCGAUCCCCGAGGACGGAGGCCAGCCAAGCACGGGGGGUGAGAGGCGAAAACUAUUGAUUGUAGUGGCCUCCCGCCAGUGCCGCCGAUCUGGGGCGCUCUCGAUGCUGAUGGGAAUGGAUGACGUUUCGUUGGCGUGCUCGCUCUCUCCUCGUCCCCUUCCGCCAGUCCCCGAGGUGGCCCGAAACCAGGCGCCACGAGAGGAACGGCAGCUCCGCCUCGUCGCCCGGGGGACCCGGGCGACAGCCUUCCCGAGCACGCGGGUGCCACGGCCUUCCAGACACGGGCACGUGCCCUAGAUGGUGCUUCAGGUGGUACCAGCCCAGAAUGAUCGCUUGUCAAAAAAGUCAGGGCGGC